UACCGGUUGUAUGAAACUAGGCAGGUUGAUAUGAUGUUGAUAUUGUGAUGUUUAAUAUUUUUUUCAUGUUUGUAAAGUCUAAAAUAUAACUUUUAGUAAUUUGAUGCGGAAAAAGAAGGUUAUGCAAGAACUUCAACUUGUUCGAGUUCAACGAUAUCGUGUACAUUUGGUGUUUGUUAAUUUAAAAUAUUGAGCAAAGAAUACUUGAGAUUUUAUUUCAAAUUUUCAUGCCAGAAUAUAUUAUAAGUGUUAUAAUAUAACUUAUAAGUAAUAAACCUCGAUCUUUAAACCUAAUUUUAUAAAAAGUUAAUCAGUGUAUGUGGUCAUAAUUUUUAAAAGAACAUGCACAAUUUGAAGAAAUUAUCAUGCAGAACAUCAGAAUGGAAUGGAGUCUCAAGUUUGCAGAAUCUGUUGAUUUCAGCAGGGCUAGUUUUCUUUGUAUUUUGUGGUGUGUCUGGAUUUGUUACUGCUGAAAGCUCAGAAGAGAAAAUUUUAAAUGUACCAAGUCCAGCUAUUCAGUUAGACCCUAAAAAUGCAGUAAAAUUUAAUUAUCCAGAUGAGUUCAGUGAGAAAGGUGGUGAUUUUAAAAAGCCAAGUAAAUUCUUGAAUAAAUUUGGAAAGACAGGAGAACUGGGUUUUAUUCAUGCAUUUGUUGCAGCAGUUUCUGUGAUUAUUGUCUCUGAGCUGGGAGAUAAAACUUUUUUCAUUGCUGCUAUCAUGGCAAUGCGUCACCCUCGACUUACAGUUUUUCUGGGUGCUAUAACAGCACUAAUCGUUAUGACCAUUCUUUCAGCUUGUCUUGGAUUUGCUACAACCAUCAUUCCUAGGAUGUAUACUUACUAUAUUUCAACAGCUCUGUUUGCCCUCUUUGGGUUGAAGAUGCUAAAAGAAGGUUACUCAAUGUCUCCCGAUGAAGGCAAAGAAGAAUAUGAAGAGGUGCAAAUCACAUUAAAUAAAAAAGACAGUGAGUUUGAUAAAAUUGCUCAAACCCAAGAUGUUGAAACAGGAGUCAUUAGUAAUGGCCCUGUCAGAACAAUACACAGAAAAUUGAUGGUGUUCCUGUCACGUAUUUUUCUGCAGUCAUUCACUAUGACAUUCCUAGCAGAAUGGGGAGAUCGUUCCCAGCUAACAACAAUUAUUCUUGCUGCUCGUGAGGAUGCUGUUGGUGUAACCCUUGGUGCUGCUGUUGGACAUGCUAUAUGUACAUUAUUAGCUGUCCUAGGUGGUAGGAUUGUUGCCCAACGAAUAUCUGUUAGAACAGUGACCUUAAUUGGAGGAUGUGUUUUCCUGGCUUUUGCUGUUUCUGCUCUUGUUGUUGGUCCAGGAUCUUAAUCAGUACUAGUGCGAUAAUCGAUAAUCAUAUCUGCUCAGUGAGUGGUUAUAUGAAUGAAAUGCUUAAGCCAAAUAAGAAGAGAUUUUUACUCAUUCCUCCAAAAGAUGUUGAGUGAUUUUUGCAGUCUGAGACUGUGUUCCAUUACACUAUGUAGAAAAAAAAAAAGAGAAAUUAAAUUUAAAGUGAAUAUUUUAAAACCCCUGCUUUCUGUUUUGUCUUAUCUUUUUGUUUUUAAAGAGAGACGUGAACUCUGAAGUUGUCUUAACUGUCCAAAGUGUUUCAGGUUUGAAGUAAGUGAUACUAAGAUGGUAUUCUUGUUUAGCCAUAUUGCAAUUUAACAGCAGGAAAGAGAGAGAAAAACUUUAUUCAAGUGGUUGUUCAUAUUAAUCUGGCUAUUUUGACAUGUUUUAUGAUACUUAAUUUAUCUCUUUUUUUUUUUUUUUUGAAGAAGCUCUAUUACAACUAUAUGUCACAACACCAAGAAGUAGCUGGGUUAGAUUAUGCUGUUUUUUAAGUUGCUGAUCCCUAUUUUUGGUUUAUACAUAAAGGUAUGUUCUUUCUUUCAUUAUAUUCAGUAUGUUAGUUGUUACUUUCCAUUAUCUGAUCAUGUGGCUGAAGAUUGUACCGCCAAGAUAGAAUUGUUAUGUAAUAUAAUCAGAUAGCACUAUUGUGUUCUUUUAGUUUUUAUUUUAAUACUAUGCAAAUUUUUCCAAUUUCUGAAGCUCUGUAUUGGCAAAAAAGUUUAAAAGUUAUUUUCUCGAACAUUUUUUCGAUCUUUCAGCAGUAUUGUACCUUAAAAUGUCAGAAAAAUAGGUAUUGUUCUCCUAAUGGGACUAUGGAAUGGUAUAGGUUUUAUUACUUCCUUUAUGAAGGUUACAGCUUAUUAGUUGUUUUGGAAUCAUUUUGCUUUGAUAUCUUAUUUGAUUGGGAAAUACACAUUUGUAUCAAGAAGAUCUACAAAAAUUGAAGUUGUUUGUUAUCUUGUUUCAUCAUAAAGUUGUUGGCCAUGUUUUAAAAGUAUAAGGAGCCUAGAAUUACAAAACUGUUAUGUUCAUAAGACCAGGUGGUAAAAGUGUUGUUGUCUGUAUAUCCUGUCAGACUCCCCUGAGUAUGUAGGGGGUGAUCAUGAUACAAGGAUGAGUGUCUAAGCUUACCACUGUUGGUGUUCUGCAUGAUACACUCACAACUUCCAAGGAUCUGUUUGAGCAACUUGUUGCUACAGAAGUCCAUGGUGAUUUAACUGGUACAUCUGCAAAAAGUAUAACUUGUGUUCUAAAUAUUUGUACUUUCAUUUUGUUAAAGAAGUACCAUGUUGACUUGAACUUAUAGCUGGAUGCUUUGCCUUGAUGUAGCACCCAGUAGAUUACCUUAUAGUAUAGAGGUGUCACCUCAUAGAGUUCACCUUGACAUUAUCUCAACUCUCAAGAUGCUUAAGUUAACAUUAUAGUUGGAACUUAUAACAAGCAUAAUUUCUUUAUAACUCUUGCAAUAUACUCCAUACUAAUAUUAAAAUGUUGCAUCACUUGCAGAUCAUUUAUAAGUUGUCUAGACAUUUUCAAACAUUUAAAUAAACACACACUUUGUCUGAUGUAAUGGUAUGCUUCCACAAUUCACAUGCUAACUUAUGCUAGUACAGUCUUCCAGAGAAGUUUGGGAGAAGCAUGCAAAUGUUAUUGUAUAAUUUUUAUAGACCUAAAUCCAAAUGAAUUAUCUUGUUUAUAGUUCCAAGGGAACAUUUUAUUUUAGCUUCAAUGAACUGCUGUAUUUUUAUGGUAGAUAAUGGAUAUGCUGGUGAAACAUGAUCGGUAGGUCAUUAUAUUUUGUAAUGUUAUAUGACAAUAUAACCAUUAAUUGUUUGAUCAAAUCUCACUUUACUAUCCUAUGUGGGUUUUAAGUAAGGAGAAUGUAAUAGCUUUUCAACUACAAACACUUUGUGUGAUAUAUGCUGCUUUUGAGGUGGCCUUUCGCUCAAUCUGAGAGCUCAUCAUUUUGUUCAAGUUUAUUAUACAUACACAGCCUUAUUUCAAAUGCUACUGAUAUCAUUCUUAUAAGAGGUACUUAUUCCUUUGGUAUAUAAUGCUGGUAAAGCAGAUCUAUAGAUUGUUUUUUGUGAUAAUACCUUACAAUAAAACUGAUAAUAAUGUUUAUUAUAUUCUUACUGGGAAUCCAUAUAGGGUCAUAAAGAGAGAAAUAUGAUAAUAUUAUUAUAAAUUCUAUUGUGGCAUAAUAUUGCAAAAACUUUUGUCAAGGUUAAUAGCCUAUUAGAUCACUUAAGUAAAAUCAUUAAUUAGUAACUUUAUUUUUAAUAUUUAGAUUCCAAUUACUAACUAGUUAGUAACUAAAUUUCUAAUUUAUUAUCAAACUUAGUCUAUAACCAUGAUAAUAAUUGAUAUCUGGUCGCUACAACCUUACUGUAAUUACUUAAUCAGAAGAAUUGCAGAUCUACAGAACCACUGUGUUCUUAGGUUGUUUUUAGUGAUAAGCUUCUAACUUUCUUCACUACCUUCAUUGUGUGACUGGUAUCCUGUUUUUUUUCCUGCUGGAAUCACACCUUCCCUUCCUUUACUGAUUCGAGUUAACACUACAGAUAUCUUUCUUAAAAAUGUUAAAUAUCUAUGCUUUCAUGCAUAUAUAACUACGGAACAGAAGAACUUUACAUCAAAAUGGCCUAUGAUGUAACCCUCCCAAAAUAGGUAAAUUUUAGGUGCCAUCUAUACUUGCAAAUCACUAUACUUCAACUGAAUUGCAACAACAGGGCUUUUAAUCUAUCACAGGCCAUUGGAAUGGCUAGGAACAAGAUAGUUAAAACUGUUAAAUAGAUCAUGAAUAGCCCUUUACAUAUGGAAAAUUGAUGUAAUUGUCAUUUUUUAUUCUGUUCAUGUAUGUACAAAAUGUUUACGGUCUAGAAAAAUAUGUAGUUGUGAUAAAUUGUAUGAAAUAUAAUUAAGUUUCAUAUUAGAGCAGCUUUGUUGAUAUUUCACCUAUAAAUCUGGCUAAUAGGGCAGGUUUAUGUUAUGUAUUUACCAAAACUGCACUAGGUUGCAGAAUGGAUUCAAUAAGUUUGACGGUUGUUUAUACUUUUGUAUUUUUUGGUUGGUAUUAAUAUUGGGGUUCUUAUCAAGUAUUUCAUUAGAUUAUUUUUAACUGAAGGUGUGGACUAGAGGUUAACUGCAGUAAUGUAGAUAUGAGGGCUCAUAGUUUUGUGUAUUGUUACUGUAAAACUAAAUAAAAUAUGUCACUUUGCACUUGGAGUUGUGGGUGUGUUUUAAGAGUGAUGGUUAAAUCCACUUAUUAAAUUAGAGUAGCCCAAGAGCAGGUGGUAAGUGCUGUUGAGUUACUGCCUUCCUUUCCUCUAGUUCAUGAGGGAUGGCUAACACAGAUUGUCCUUGUGUGACUUUGCACAUAUAUAUACAAAAUAUAAAUUCACUUGAAGUCCUUGUGGCUGGAAAAAUAAAUAUUCUGACGUCAGUCCAUAUGAGUAGUAGACGAUAUAUAAAAUUAUCUAUAUGAAGAUUUAGAGUAUUGUCUUUACCUAGUUUUUAUAGCAAUAAUGUUUUGUAGGUGGUAAAACUAGUUUGAAAAAAGGUGAUUUUUUUAUCUGGGAGUUUUGGGGAUGCUGAAGUCUAUUUGAAUGUUCAAGAAAAUACAAGCUUCAUGAGAGGACAUAUAUCUGUAUUCUUAAGUAAUAUUUUUAUACCAAAGAUAACAGUUCUAGUAUUUAAAUAUGGGUCUUUUUAAUUCUUAGGUUUUUACCUGUAUAAUUUUAGAAUUAAUUUUAAAAACAUUUUAACUC